AUGGGUUGGCAACCCGGGCUAUCCUGCAAUGCCUGGCCCCGAGAGGCUGGGGAGAGGGAGGUGUCCCAGUGGGCAGCUUUUGGAGAACUUGCCUGGGAAGUCGCCAGAGACUGGGGUCGUUGGCUUAGAAAGAACUUCGGGGGAGGGAGGCGUCUUUCCUAUAUUGAGGCCGUGGGUCAGACAGGUGGGUCUCCAGAACCUGUGCCUUCUUCACAGACUCUGUCCCCUCCAGGUCCCAACCACUAUCUUCUCAUUGACACCUAGGGUGUCUUCUACACAGAGCUUGUGGGUGAGGAUCACAGGGCAGAUGGGACUUCGGUUCAGAAAAAGUACUACAGCCGUCCGGUGUGCCCUAGGGUCUUCGAGUACAUGUCUUACCUUCAGCGACACACCAUCACCCACUCGGAGGAGAAGCCCUUCAAAAGCGAUACCUGUGGGAAGGCUUUCAAGCGGGCCAGCCACCUCGCUUGGCACCACUCCACUAAUAGGGCAAGUGAUGGGGGGCGCAUAGCCAGCUGCUCGCUCUGCCCUGGCUGCUUCCGGGAUUCGGGCUGUGUGCACUUGGGAACGCCUGUUUCAGUGCCAGCUCUGCCUGUGCCACUUGGCCAAGCCGAACGCACUACAGAAGCACACUAG